CCGGAUCGCAGUUAAUUAAGCGAUAAGCAAGUUAAAACUUGCAAGUUAUUUGCAAGAUAAAGGAUUGCAACUGUCACAAACGUACAACGAAAUUGGAAAAUUAAACGAAGAGUUGAUUGUGUCAACGAGGAAUGGAACUCAGUUUGUGGAAAGUGCUAACAGUUGCAGCUCUGUGUAUUUUAUUCGUCGGAAUCCAGAGUUCAGGUGCAAGGCCUCGUUCACCAAUGACGAAACAUGGAUAUGUUCCUUUGAAGCGUGACGCGCAUUUAUUACAUCGACGAUUGCGGCGGCAUCGCUCACUUGAGGAAGAUGAACCUCGCCGGCCAAAUAUCUCUCUCGACCUCGACUACCUUGAGUACGACGAAGAAGACUCGAGCAACGAAUUACCUACGCUUCACAAAGAACAAUACCCGUAUCGUCCGAUCGUAUUGGAACAGGAAGAUCCGAACUUCGUUGAGCCCAUACCAAGCGUCACUGUAGCAGCAGGCAAAACCGCUGAGUUGAAAUGCGUCAUCGACAAUUUGGGAAAUUAUACUGUCGCCUGGCUUAAUGUGGACAAACAAACUCUGCUGGCGGUUCACACACACGUAAUUGCCAACCAGGAACGUGUCAGAGUAAAUCAUUUCGCGCAUCGUGAAUUUUCCUUACUAAUCACCGAUGUCCGGCCUGAGGACUCUGGCUAUUAUAUGUGCCAGGUAAACACGAGGCCGAUGAGAAACCAGGUCGGAUUUCUUAACGUUGUCGUUGCACCUUACUUUUUAGAAAACACGGGCUAUAAUGUGACGACGCGCGAACAUGACAACGCGGUUUUGCGUUGUCAUGCUGGAGGAAAUCCUCAACCGAAAAUUACCUGGCGAAGAGAAGAUUCACAGGUGUUUAAUAUAGAACGACGCCAUAGGGCUACGACCCAUGUGGGACCCGAAUUGCAUCUAAGAGGUGUAAGUCGAAAAGAAAUGGGAAUUUAUAUCUGUCUUGCAUCUAAUGGGGUGCCUUCUUCAAUAAGCAGACGCAUUCACCUUGAAGUCAUUUUUCCCCCUUUGAUCCGCGUGCCGCAGCAACUUGUUCAAGCGUCUCUUGGAGACAGUGUCAUCGUGGAGUGUCACGUCGAGGCAUACCCUAAAGCGGAACAUCUUUGGCUACAUCGGGGGCAAAGACUCGGUUCCGAUAGUAAAUAUCAUACAUCAAACAGCCAGGACGACCUUAAAACGUUCAUGCGUUUGCGAGUGAGGGUCAACCAAGGAAGCGAUUUUGGCACGUACCGCUGUACUGCACAAAAUAGUAUAGGGCAUACCGAGGCUAAAAUCACAAUAAUUGAGCGCCGGUCCACUCCAAGCCCGACCACAAUACCAAGUACAAGCACAUCUCGACCAAUAAAGUCUUCUCGUAAGCAUGGGACAGCCUCGAGUCGACGUCCGCCAGCCCAUCGGCCAACCUCAGCUCAACCAGGGCGAAAAAGCACAACGCCAUUACUCCACUGGUCAGUGACCACCGAAGCUCAGUCUCCAUUUGUCAAUAUCUACGAUAUCAAUCGACAACACAGUCCGUACAACAGAAACCUGUCCAACAGCUUCUGGCGUCUGCAGGGCAAAGGCAGCGCAAGUCAGACGAUGAAGCCCAGUGGAAAGUAUGGAAAUCGACUGAGUAGCGACGGAUCUUCUUCCGCGUCUGCUGUUCAAGUACUACACGGACGACUACAGGACCCCAUGUUGAAUCUCUUCCUUGUUAUCCUUACACAGCUGGCAGCACUUGGAAUUGUGCCGAUUUUUUGCAUAAGAUAGGCUAUAAUCCUUGAUUAUGAAGGCUCAGUGUUGCUAUUUCCUAUAGAUACGUAUAUAGUAUAUAGAGAUACGGAAAAAUCCUUAGGCGCAGCGGGUUUUGUAAAUGCCUUAAAUCUUAUACAAUGCUGAGCCGUGUCACCCUCGCCAUAGUGACAGAGCUACGUAUGGUAGAUUGUUAUACAACGCGAAGUGGCUUGUAUGAUAGCUGGUAAAUAACUGUUGACAAAUAAACACGAUGGCAACAAUAAUAUGUAAGUAAUGCUUCCGUUGGUGACGAUCGGAAGUUUCAUGUAUAUAACAGCCUCCGUACAGCUGAUCUUAACACUAGACGUACGACAAGUGUAGGUGUGAUGAUAACGAAAAAGGGGAUGAGUUUUCCUCGCGAAGAAGCUAGACUAGAUAAGACGACGACGCUUUGUUGAGGAAAGGAACAUGGUAUGUUUUGUACAAUACACAAUACGAGUGAUACAUAUAU